AUGACCGUCUCCGAAUCGGUUAAGAGUGCCGUUGGGCUUGCGGAUAACACCGCACUGGGAACCGCCCUUGAUUGGCCUGAGGCCAAAAAGCGGGCUGAUCAAGUACGGAAAUGGGGGAUCGAGCAAUUGCUUGCCAAUUGGCAGAGAGCCAGAGGAAAGGAGCGAGAUGCUCUCUUGUGGGGCGAUGAGGUUGAGUAUCUCGUCGUUGCUGUUGACGAGGAGGCGAAGAAGGCUCGGCUAUCUUUGGCCCAAGCAGAGAUCCUGAAGUCUCUUGCUCGGGAUGAGGCUCUAUGGAAGACGAGAGAUUCGUCACAAAGCCAGAACAAUGACCAUGAGGGUGAAGAACCUCCCCAUUUCCAUCCGGAAUUUGGGCGCUUCAUGCUAGAAGCAACUCCGGGAAGACCGUGGGGAAUUGACUUCAAGGAUCUUCUCAAGGUUGAAUCAAAUAUGAAAUGGAGGCGAGAGGUUGCCAAAACCCACAUGGCACCAAACGAGUACCCCAUUACUCUAACCACUUUCCCCCGUUUGGGCACGAAGGAUGAUUACAUCCAACCGUAUUAUCCGCCAUCGGGCCCGGCAUUGCGGUCGCAGUUUGUUCCUGAUGAGAUCGCCAAUCCUCACAUCAGAUUCCCGACUCUCGCGGCCAAUAUCAGGUCCAGGAGAGGCCGGAAGGUCGAGCUAAAUGUUCCGGUUUUCAAGGACACAAACACCCCCCAGCCUUUCAAGGAUCCCACGGUCAACUACGAUCUUCAUAUUUGGCCCGAGGAUGACGAUGUCAGGAACGGAGCUGCGAAGGACGAUCAUGUUUAUAUGGACGCCAUGGCAUUCGGAAUGGGCAGUUGCUGUCUCCAAAUUACCUUCCAAGCCAAAAACAUGACCGAGGGAAGGAAAUUAUACGACCAACUGAGCCCGUUGGGACCUAUUCUUCUGGCCCUUACUGCAGCAACCCCGAUUUAUAAGGGAUUUCUCGUUGACACGGAUGUCCGCUGGAAUCAAAUCGGAAAUGCUGUAGAUGACAGAACCCGAGAGGAACUAGGUGAAGCUCCUCUGCAGAACGACAGGUGGAGAAUUCCCAAGUCCAGAUAUGCAUCGAACUCGACCUAUAUCUCCCAAGAUCCUCGUCUACGAAAGGAUUAUCUGGACCCUGACUUGAUUGUUGAUGAAGACAUCAAAAAGCGAUUGAUGGAGGGUGGCAUGGAUGAGCUUCUAGCAACGCAUUUUGCUCAUCUCUUCAUCCGCGACCCAUUGGUUAUUUUCUCUGAAGACCUCGAGGAAUUAGAUCUAAACAAAGCAGACCACUUCGAAAACUUGCAGUCGACGAACUGGCAACAUAUGCGCUUCAAGCCGCCGCCACCUGAUAAAGAAGACAUUGGCUGGCGGGUUGAAUUCCGCUCGAUGGAAAUUCAGAUGACCGAUUUCGAAAACGCGGCAUUCAGCAUUUUCAUCGUGCUUAUCACUCGUGCCAUCCUGAGCUUCAACCUGAAUUUCUACCUCCCUAUCCCACGAACCACCGAGAAUAUGGAAACGGCCCAUGCCCGCAACGCCGUCCAUGAUCGGAAGUUCUAUUUCCGAAAGGACCCUUUCUCUCGGCGCCCUACCAGACAACACCAGCAAUCAGCCACCGGAAGCGCAAUGUCGUCCGCUACAUCGUCUGCAUGCAACACGCCCCCUCCAUCGCCGCCACUUGGUCCGGUUGAGUCGGAAUAUGAGCUCAUGACCAUUGCAGACAUUGUCAAUGGCUCGGAAGACGGAUCAUUCCCGGGGCUCAUUCCCCUAGUUGAGUCUUACUUGAACAGUGUCAAUGUGGAUGUCGAGACGCGUUGCUUCCUGGCACGAUACCUCGAUCUGAUACGGAAACGAGCCAACGGAACCCUCUGGACUGGAGCCCGGUGGAUCCGCGAAUUUGUUGCGUCUCAUCCCGCGUAUAAACAAGAUAGUGCGGUUCCCGAAGAGAUCUGUUUCGAUCUCGUCAAGGCUGUUGAUGAGAUGUCUGUGAAGGAGGGCAAGCACGGAACUGUUGGGUGGGAGCUUCUGAGGGGUAAGAAAUAG